AUGGGGGUGGAUGCUAGUUUGCGGAAGCCGCUUGCCCGCCCAGCCGCCCUUCCCCCGCCGAAAUCAAACUCGCCCCCGCCCGCCGCGCCGCCCCGCUUCAACAGCGGCCGCGACUACGGCAACGCCUGCGCUGCAAAGUGCGACGGCCAUCAGUCGUUCACCUCGGGGUCCUGCGGCGCCGCGCCCGUCCCCAAGCCCAACUGCCCCUGCCCCCGGCUUUACCGCCCCGUCUGCGCGUCUUCCGACGGCGGCAAGACCAAGCGGGACUUUGCGAACGAGUGCCUGGCAAAGUGCGAGGGCGCGAAGGUCAUCUCGGAGGGAACCUGCGAGGAAGCUGCCAAGGGCCAGGCGCAGGAGGAGCCGGAGCCGGCGUCAGGCGAAGUGGCAUCUGUGGCGCCCGGCGGCGCCGCCGAUGCGCCGGACACUGCUGCGGCGACGCCUUCGGAGCCGCCGGCGGCGGUCCCCAAGCCCUGCGCCUGCCCCCGCAACUACGCGCCCGUCUGCGGCACCCUCGGCGGCGAGCUUGAGCAGUUUGUCAACGCGUGUGAGGCCAAGUGCCAAGGCGUGACGGCCACCACCCCCGGCCCCUGCCCGCCGCCGGGCAUCCUGCCGGUCCAGCAGGCGCCAGCCCCAGGGAAGCCCGACCCCAACUGCGUCUGCACCGCGCUCUAUGCGCCCGUGUGCGGCAAGGACGGGCGCACGUACAGCAACGCAUGCAUGGCAGGCUGCAACGGCGUGGCAGUCGCAGGCAAGGACGGCCCCUGCGAGGAUCCGCAGGAGAGCCCCUCCGCCGCGCCGGCGGCCCCGGCGGCGUCGCCGAAGCCGUGCGUGUGCCCGAAGAUCUUCAAGCAAGUGUGCGGGAAAGACGGCAGGCCCUACGCCAACGACUGCCUCGCGAAAUGCGCGGGCACGACGGUUGCGUCCCAGGGCGCGUGCGCCCCCGUAGAGCCCGCGUCGGCACAGACCCCGUCCGUCGCGCCCGCGUCCCCCGCAUCGCCCGCGGCGUCGCCGAAGCCGUGCGUGUGCCCGAAGAUCUUCCGGCAGGUGUGCGGCAAGGAUGGCAAGACAUACUCAAAUGAGUGCCUCGCCAAGUGCGCCGGCACGGCUGUCAAGUCAGAGGGCGCCUGUGCGUCCUCCUCAUCGACCCCUUCAAAGCCGUCGCCGAAGCCCUGCGCCUGCCCCUUCAUCUUCAAGCAAGUGUGCGGCAAGAAUGGCAAGACGUACUCGAACGACUGCCUGGCCAAGUGCGCGGGCACGGCGGUCGCGUCGGAAGGCAGCUGCCCUGCCGGCCAGCAGACGGCGUCCAAGCCGCCGGCCGCGUCCCCCAAGCCGUGCGUGUGCCCCAAGAACCUGCGCCGCGUGUGCGGCAAGGACGGCAAGACUUACUUAAACGAGUGCCUGGCAAAGUGCGCGGGCACGACUGUCGUGUCGGAGGGGGAGUGCCCAGCACAAACCAAGCCAGUCGGCGGCGGCGGCGGCGGCAGCAACGGCGCCGUGUGCGUCUGCCCUAUGAUCUACGCCCCUGUGUGCAGCACGACCAAGGGGACGUUUGGCAACGCGUGCGCCGCCAAGUGCGCGGGCGCCACGGUCUCGUACGAGGGCGCCUGCCGCGGCGCCGAGAGCACCACCACCAAGGCGGCGCUCGGCACCAAGUCGCAGCCCGCCGGCGCAGGCAGCGCUGGCGGCGGUGUCGCGGCCGCGCCGGCCGCGCCUUGCAAGUGCACGCGUGAGUACAAGCCUCAGUGCGGGGUGGACGGCAAGACGUACGCCAACCCAUGCCUGGCAAAGUGCGCCAACGCGACCCAGGCCUACCCCGGCGCCUGCAUUGACGCUUGCAAGGCGUGCUCUCGCGAGCUCAAGCCCAUCUGCGCCGCCACCAAGUCGUACGGCCCGCGCACCUUUGCAAACUGCUGCUUCGUCAAGUGCGGCGGCCUCAAGCCGGCCGACGCGGUCGUGGCAGAGGCGCCCUGCCGGCUCGGCGCCUGCGCCACCGGCUGCCUCGCGCAGCCGCGCGCGCCGGUCUGCUGUGGCGGCAAGACCUACGCCAACGCGUGCCUGGCGACCUCGUGCUACCAGGCGAAGGACUGCAAGCCCGGCGCGUGCCCCAAGAGGGCGUGCGCGUGA